CUGAAGUUAAGAACGUUAGAGAAUCAACGAAGAAUAUUUUCAGUUUAAUAUCGAGUUAUCAGCUGCAAGAGCGGAUUACUAUAUAUGUAUAUAAAAAACACGGAUACACUCACAUAUAGGAUAACACGCAAUUUGAAGUGUUAAUCAAACUUGCACCGAUAUGGCGCUUGCCAAAGUCAACAGCGGAAAUGCAGAUUUGGAGCAGGAGCGUUAUUUGCGUGAUGCCACACGUUAUUUUUUUGGCAUAGAAAAACCACUGAAAUAUGGUCCCAGCAUAGAUAGCUUAAGUGAUUUGAUCACUGCACUACACAAAGAGUUCGAGACGAAUUUCGUAAAUAUCGAGAUGGUCAAUCAUAUAAUGUUGACAUACAAAUCGAAUGCACGCGAAUGGAAGCGUUUCGCCAAGUUCGAUCGUUUUAAGUACACGCGCAAUCUGGUCGAUGCCGGCAAUGGCAAAUUCAAUUUGAUGAUCUUAUGCUGGGGUGAAGGACAAGGCUCCGCCAUACACGAUCAUGCCGAUUCGCAUUGUUUUAUGAAGAUGCUUAAGGGUGAUCUGAAGGAGACGCGCUACAAAAUGCCAUGCACGCAGGCCAUARAGAUCUCCAAUGGGGCGGACAUUGGUCAAAUGGAUAGCGAUAGUGAGGGGGAGCAUGCUUUCGAUAGUGCAGAACUGACAGCCGAGGGCGAUACCACGUUAACUGUUAAUGAUGUGGCAUACAUAAAUGAUAACCUCGGCUUGCAUCGUGUGGAGAAUCCGAGUCACAUUGAGACCGCUGUGUCACUACAUUUAUAUUGUCCACCUUUCGAUGAGUGUUCUGUUUUUCAUAAAAACUCUGGCAAGCGUAUAAAAUGUCCCGUUACAUUCUGGAGCAAAUAUGGCGUGCGUCAAACUGAGUCCAACAAAUAGUUACGUGUGAACUUCCCGUUAUAUUGGCUAGUUUGUCCACUUUUGGACAGCAGUUGACCGUGAUUUUUGUUGAUCACCGGAAAUCCUAAUUCACUUAGAAAUUUAAUUUAUGUAUAUUUUAUAUAUGUAAAUCAUAAUUAUCACUUUCUUAUAUUUGUUGAAUUUAAGAAAAAAAAAAACAUUCCAAACAACCAGCAACUGGUUUUUCCACUAAAAUAUACUAUAUAUAAAAUUGAAUAAAAAGAAAUCAUAGGCAAAAAACAGAAAGG